AGAUGGUUAACUGAUAACCAUGGCACGUAAAGUUACUUGGAGUUUCAAUUGCAUUAGCGUUUUUUAAAAUUCUAUAUAGCGAUAUAGAGUUAUCUUUUGUUUUCCUCAUACAUUUAAUACAGAAUUACACUUGGCAAUGACUCCUUUGGACAAACAAUGGGUUGCCAAUGCUGCUGAAUGUCAAGAAGAUGAUUUAACGAAGGACUCAUGCAUGGUCGAAGAAGAGGACGACAAUCAGAGCAACAUUUACGAAUAUGAGGAGCUGCCUGAACAAUAUACAGGUUUUAGUGCAGCAGGGAUGGAGCAGUGGCGCAUCAUGUUGCUGGGUAGGCGAGGGGUUGGGAAGAGUUCCACUGGAAACACCAUCCUCCGUCAGGAAGCUUUCCCAGUAAACAUGUCACUUGGCAGAAUCACAGAGUUUUGUGAUCGAAAUACCGGAACAGUGGAUGGAAGACCUGUGGCUGUGAUUGACACCCCGGGGUUGAAAAAUGCCAAGGGGGGUGAGAAGAAAGUUGUUCGCGAGAUUCUAAAAAAUAUAUCACUCUACAAGCCUGGACCACAUGUCUUCCUGUUCACAUUGCCCUUUGGGAAUCUAACUCAAGACGACAUCCGCGUCCUCAAGAUCAUUGAGCGCAUGUUUGGAAAAAAGGUCUGGUGGUACACGAUCCUGGUGUUCACCCACGGUGACUCCCUGGCAGGGACAGCCCCUAGCGAUGUCAUCAGCAGUGCUGACAAAGAGCUAAGGGACUUGAUACGCAAAUGCAGUGGAGGAUUUGUAGUUUUCAACAACAAGGACAUGGCCAACCGGGCACAGGUGACCUCACUCAUGGAAAGGAUUGACACCAUGUUGGCGGUGAAUGGCAACAAGUGCUAUCCGAUCAAGUUUUACCCAUGGUCUGAGAGGCAGAUCAGACAAAGGCAAGAGAAGCACAUGGAGGAGAGGGCUGAGGACAUUUCCCAGAAGGAGAGGGAGCUGGAGACUCUGUACACCAGCUAUGAACUGGAAGUGAAGAAGUUGGAGCUGUGGAGGAGCACAGAUGAGGAGCUGAGGAGCCUUGCGGAGAAAAUGCCUACACUUAAAAAAGACAGAUUUAAGAGUCUGCAUAAAUGAAUACAACUAGUUUCUGGCUAGAAUGAGGAGCAUUUUCCAAACCGAGUUCACAAGAGAACAGGGCAAUAUAAUGGCUGUGACUUGCAAUGCAGGCUUUACUGUUGCUAUGUGAAUAACAACAGAGUGGUAAUGUACAGUGUAUUUGGAUUGAAUUCGUGUUUGACAUACUAUGUAAUGCCUUUAUCUUUGUUUAUGGAAUUAUACAUUUAUUCCCUUGUCAUUUUGAUCUGAUAGAAGGUAUAGAACUGCUCAAGUAGGCGAUGGGCGGGUCUAAACAGGGGUCAGCAGGGUGGGCCAGGGCCC